GAUUUAGUUGAAGUGAAUCACUUGUGGUAUAUAAACGAUAUAAUUGAUAAAAGGAUUACGUCCAGUGAAAAGUCUAAGUAAAAUGGUGGCAUUAGAAUUAGUUUUAAUAGCAAUUGCAUCCUUAUUCCUGCUUUAUAAAUGGCUAACGGCAACUUAUAAUACGUUUGAGUUACGUGGUGUGCCCUACGAGAAGCCCUAUCCGUUAGUGGGCAACUUUGGUGCGGUGGUUCUUAAUAAAGAAUCAAUGAGAAAAAGUUUUAUAGAAUUUUAUAAACGCAAUAAAUUACAUAAAGUGGUGGGUUUUUAUAAUUUUCGUACCCCUGCAUUUAUAAUAAAUGAUCCAGAAUUAGUUAAAAAGUUGGCUGUUAAAGAUUUUGAGUCUUUUCCAAAUCAUGCACCAUUUUUCAAUGCAGAUGAUGAACCAUUAUUUGCUGGUAUGUUAUCAAUUAUGAAGGAUCAACGCUGGAAAGACAUGCGUAACACAUUGACACCAGUUUUUACUGCAGCAAAGAUGCGCAGCAUGCUUCCAUUGAUGAAUGAAUGCUUCCUUGAGUGCAUAAAUAAUUUAAACAAAAAAUUGGAAGGUGGAAGUUGUGAGCUUGAAAUGAAACAAUUCUUCACAAGACUCACCAAUGACAUCAUAGCAACAACUGCUUUCGGCAUUAGUAUAAAUUCUUAUGAGAAUCCAAAAAAUGAAUUUUAUGAUAUUGGACAAUCAAUCACAAACUUUAAGGGCGCACAGAUGCUCAAAUUUAUGUUAUCAAAUGUAAUGCCUUGGUUGUUAAAAUUCCUCGGUGUUCGAGUUUUCGAUGCACACAAAACGGAUUACUUCAUGCGUCUCGUCGUUGAUUCUAUGAAAUAUCGUGAGAAACAUAAUAUAGUACGACCUGAUAUGAUACAAUUGCUGAUGGAAGCAAAGAAAGAGUCAACACAGAAUUGGUCAGAUAUAGAUAUUGUUGCGCAAUGUUUUGUAUUUUUCUUUGCGGCUUUUGAGAAUAAUGCAAAUCUGAUUUGCGCUACAUGUCACGAGUUGAUGGAAAAUCCUGAUAUACAACAACGUGUAUAUGAGGAAUGUGUUGAAAUAAAGGCGGAAUUAAAGGAAGAGACAUUAAAUUAUGAGACUACAAAUAAAAUGAAAUACAUGGAAAUGGUGCUCAAUGAAACUUUACGAAGAUGGGCUUUUGCUCCUUUCACGGAUCGUGUCUGUUCCAAAGAUUAUAAACUAACUGAUGAUGAUGAUAAAUUACUGUUCGAAUUUAAAGUUGGUGAUCGUAUAUUCUUUCCAAUUGGCGGUUUUCAAUUGGAUGAAAAGUAUUUUGAAAAUCCUGAUGUGUUUGAUCCGGAACGUUUUAGUGAUGAGAAUAAAGGAAACAUUGUACCUUUCACAAAUAUACCCUUUGGCGUUGGACCUAGAAUUUGUAUAGGUAAUCGAUAUGCACUUAUGCAGGCAAAGGCAAUAUUAUAUUACUUAGUUACGAACUACAAAUUGGAACGUUCUGAAAAAACGGUCAAAAACGUUUUCGAUGAAAUGCGCGGUUUUCAAGUGACUCCAAAUGGUGGUUUUUGGUUACGUUUUGUGUCACGUACUUAAACUGUCAACCAUUUUAACAAGUGAUUUAAACUCUAUUAAUUAUAAGUGUUUAUUUAAAUUGUAUAAUUGCUGCACCUUUUUAAUUAUACCAUAUAUAAAUAAUUGUAUGUGUGCUUCUUAUAUACACAGAUCAUUACUUGUAAUACAUAUAAUUAAUAUAUAAUA